GCGCCCAAUCCUUGCUCACACUACAUAAAGAGGCACCCAUCGCGUACCACUCUGCCCUCUCGCCCAAAAACCCUAGCCCUCGCGCUGCCGCCGCCGCCGCUCCCAGCGUUCGAGCUCCUCGCCGCCCGCGAGCUCGCGCUGCAACGUAGCCAUGAAGUUCAACAUCGCGAACCCGACCACCGGGUGCCAGAAGAAGCUUGAGAUCGAUGACGACCAGAAGCUGCGUGCCUUUUAUGACAAAAGGAUCUCCCAGGAGGUCAGUGGUGAUGCUCUUGGCGAGGAGUUCAAGGGUUAUGUCUUCAAGAUCAUGGGUGGCUGUGACAAACAAGGCUUCCCAAUGAAGCAAGGAGUGCUAACUUCUGGGCGUGUCCGCCUUCUGCUCCACAGGGGUACCCCAUGCUUCCGUGGGUAUGGCAGGCGUGAUGGUGAGCGCAGGAGGAAGUCGGUCCGUGGUUGCAUUGUCAGCCAAGACCUAUCUGUUAUCAACCUGGUGAUUGUCAAGAAGGGUGAGAAUGAUCUGCCUGGUCUGACCGACACGGAGAAGCCCAGGAUGAGGGGACCUAAGAGGGCCUCCAAGAUCAGGAAGCUCUUCAACCUUGCCAAGGAUGAUGAUGUCCGCAAGUAUGUUAACACCUACCGCAGGACUUUCACUACCAAGAAUGGCAAGAAGGUGAGCAAGGCUCCUAAGAUCCAACGGCUUGUGACUCCCUUGGUCCUCCAGAGAAAGCGUGCUAGAAUUGCUGAUAAGAAGAAGAGGAUCGCCAAGAAGAAGUCUGAGGCUGCAGAUUACCAGAAGCUGCUCGCCCAGAGGCUCAAGGAGCAGAGGGAGCGCCGGAGCGAGAGCUUGGCAAAGAGGAGGUCCAAGCUUUCUGCUGCUGCCAAGGCUUCUGCUACCUCUGCGUAGGAAUGUUCAGAGUUUGAGAUGUUUUUUAAGGCCUACCAAAGUUACAGCUUAAGAACUUCAUGCUCUGCGUUGGAUCAGUCGACCCUCUACUUAGCUUUCUCGAGUAAUUGUUACAAUUUUGCAUGAUCAUGAUACUGGCUUGUCCGAAUUUUUCGAGUACCUGAGGUUUACUAUGUCGUUUCUAUUGUGAAAGUUGGACCGUCA